CGCUCUCUCUAUAAUACUGCAGACCAACAAAGCCGUGAAACCUUUUCAGCACGUCUCUUCUCCGCAGAACCGAAAAACUCCUUCUGAAGUAGUUAAAAGUCUUCCAGGACCAGUUUUUUCCUUUUUAGGUCUUCGGAAGGUUUUUAUCUUUCGCCUCAGCCUUAUUUCCGACUCCCACGCCCCUCGGCCGGCCUGCUGUUAUCACCGUGCAGGUUAUAAACAAAACACAUUGUUGUUUCUUCUGUCAUUUCGCCGAUUUUCCCCCUUCAGCCCGUUCUACGAAGAAGGAGCUCGUUUAAGACGAAAAAGCGUCAUUACAACCAAUGGGAGGUGUAACGGUUGAGAAAUUCGAAACUUGCCUGCCCAGAUACAACAGCAUGCUGCGCCCGAGGGGGACACUGGCCAGGGCCCUUUACAACAAAUAUCUCUCGGACGAACACCUGGACACGAUCGACAGAAACGAGUGGUACAGGGUAAACCUUAAAUGCAUUGUGCCAUCCGUGGCGCGUAUUUACCAUCAGCUCCGCCCCGACGAAGAGACAGACCAUUUCCUGGAGACAUCCCGUCGCCUUUCCAACUCCGUCCUGACACAGAUAUACCACUCCUUGGUCAAGUUCAUCCUCGGCUUCUUCAUGACUCAAACCUCCAUCAACGGGCUUCUCGGCCGAGGUUCCAUGUUCGUCUUUUCGACGAAGCAGUUUUCCCAGUUGACGGGACGUGAAGAAGGGAACGGAGGGGACCUGGUCGACCUAGGUGCCGGUGACGGCGCCAUGACAAGAACAAUGGGGAAAUUCUUCUCAUCCGUCACAGUCACCGAACUGUCGAAACCUAUGAGGAAAUUGCUGAGAAGCGCCGGUUUCGCGGUGGCCGACGUGGACAACUGGUUCGAGCGCAAGUACGACGUCGUCUCCUGCUUGAACGUCCUGGACAGGUGUGAACGGCCGAAGACACUCCUUGGGCAAAUAAGGGCGGCGAUGAAACCUGAAGGAACCGCGAUCGUCGCCGUCGUCCUACCCUUCAAACCGUACGUCGAAUCUGGUACGAAAGACCACAAACCGGUCGAACAGCUUCCGAUAAGUGGCCAAGGGUUUGAAGAACAGGUGCAGAGCCUGAUCGAAGACGUUUUUCUACCUUCAGGCUUCAUAGUCAAGAAAUGGUCAAGGCUGCCUUAUCUCUGUCAGGGUGAUUUGAACCAAGCGUUCUACUGGCUCCACGACGCCGUCUUCGUCCUUUCCCUUCCUCGACCGACCCUGGAAGAUUUGUGACAGUCGAGUCCUGACGAAGGGCCAAGCAUGACUGCGACUACCGACUGAAUGUCGAAUCUUUCAUGAUCGGUGAAGAUAUCUCAUUAGACCAACAUUCCUUUUUUGUCUUUUAGAUGUAGUUUUGUAUGCUUUUUUUUAUUUUUUUAUUUAAACACAAAUAUUUGUAGCAUAGUAGCAUCCUAUAAUUUAUUUAAUUAAGUAAAAUGAAAAGAAAAAUUCCAACUAAAUUUGACAUUCUCUUUUUCUUUUCUUUUUUUUAAUUAUUCCAUUUUCUAAUGUAUUUUUAUUAUUAAUAUUUGAAAUACAUUUUCCUUUCUAAGAGCACAUAUUAAGAGUUUUCGGUCCAAUUUAUAUAGAUAUAUACACACAAAUGUGUUCGUUAGAAGGAAUUCCUUGUAUUUUUAAUGUGUCCUAUAAAUUUUUGCUGAUUUUUAAUUUUGCCCCUUUCUUUUUAGAGAGAAAAUUAGGUAGGUAAAAUUGUCAAAAUGUCAAUUCUUUAUUAUGCUCAGUUUUUUUUUUUUUUUCCUUACUGGCACAAUUGGUGGGUAAAUUGACUUGCAUUGUAUUAUUAAAUGAUUGUUUUGUCUCCAUAAUUUAACAUUUAUCUUUUAUAUAAGUCAGGCAGAUGAGCAAAAUAUAAGAAGCGCCCUGUUAAAAAAUAUAUACAUAUAUAUCGGAGAAUUACGACUGACUUGUUGAUAAAUAUUUAUAAUAAAAAUAGUAUAUAAUCAUUUUUUAUAUUAUAUAUACAAAUUAUAGAACUUGUUAGAAACGAAAAGAGCCAUUAUUUAUAUCAAAAGAAAAAUAAAAUGUAGUAAGUAGACUAGCUUUGCGAUACUAGACCACAAACAUUCCAAAAUGUACUUUUCCACAAAGGUAACUUUUAUAUUAUAUUUUAAAUAAGAAUACAGUACCUUUCUGGGAUAAGGAUUUUUUUUAAACAAAUAUAAAAACCACCAGACUUAAGUAAAAAGCACCAAAUAGUUGUUAGAUUUAAUUGUAAAAAGUAGAAACUAUUAUGUAUUUUUUAUGUGUAAUUCAAUAAAGCAUAUGUCCGAUA